AUGAAUUACAGUGAUUGCAAUGAGGAUCACAAGGACCCCUUUGGGAGAAUACAUGAUGGGGUCGAUAACCAAUACAAGUUCAAUAACAGAAUUCUGUUCACUGCCGUCUCUUCCCUAUUCCUCGUAGUUGUGAUCGUCUUCCUUCUCCAUAUCUAUGCAAGGUGUGUCCUUGGACGCCACGCAAGGCGCCGCAGGGAUAUCCAUCAUCUAACCAUGGGAGCCUCAGCAGCUGCUCAAGUCCAUUUAUGUGAUGAGCAACCCAAGGCAGGACUCAACCCUUCAGUGAUCGCCUCCAUACCCGUGUUCGCCUACCGGAGAACCGAACAGCUCGACGAAACCAACACGACGGAGUGCACAAUUUGCUUGAGCAGUUUAGAAGAUGGAGAGAUGGUGAGACUUCUACCAAACUGUAAGCACUUGUUCCAUGUAGAGUGUAUUGAUAUGUGGUUGAGCUUCCACUCUACUUGCCCCAUUUGCCGUAAAGGGGCUGAACCCCAAGCCCAAGUCCAAGCCCAAGCCCAAACACCAUCCCUACAGACCCAUGAGACGGUGGUUGGUGUGCCUUCGACGGCUCCACCGUUGGAUUCAUUGAACUUCACAGUGCCGACAUCGGAGGGUACAUCGGACGACGGUGCUGUUCAGUCUUCCAAGGUUGGUGGAUCAUUCUCACCAAUGAGUUCUUUCAAGAGGAUGCUUAGUAGGGAUAGAGCAGACAGGAGAGUUCAGCCCUGUGUUCAAUCGGAUGGAGUAGAAGAUUUAGAGAGGCAAUAA